CCGAGGCUGGCAGGCAGUGGCGACAGGGAAGGACCGGACUCACGGACCUUUUUUUGUUGGAAAUACCGAGAGAACAUCGGAACCUCGGACGGAAACGAAGGGAAUAUAAGUUUUUAUUUGCGGGUUGGAUUUUUCUAAACGGAACACAACCUCGCUAACGUUCAGUGUUGGCUGGAAGUUUUCGAACCGUGAUGUGGUGACGCGACUUCACCGAAUCGAAGGGAAGCUAACGUUAGCCGAUGCGCUAACGUUACUUGAUAGAUUAAUCAUUUCAACAGAGCUUUGGAGUUUUAUUUCAGGAUUUUAAACCUCUUUUUAGUAUUUUUAAUAAUGUAAGAUAAAUAAGUAUGAGAUAUUUUAUCGUGUUGUCUACUUUUAUACAAAAUAGAGCUUAUCCUUAGAUAACUACCUGACGUUAUCUGAGCUAAGUUAGUAUAUGAAACUAGCAAGCGUUAGCUACCUAGCUGGCUAGUAGCUAACGUUUAAACUGACUUCAAGCCAAAGAACUCUGCUUCAAAUUAGCUAACGCUAGCAAGGCUACAACUGUUUCCACGUCACCUAACUGUAUCGUCACCUGUCUACCUGUUGUUUAAUGUUAUUUUCGGCGAGUUGAACUUUAUUUCUGAGGAUGGACGUUUGUUUUGAAAAGCAAAGAUAGACACUUUACUUCCAAAUCCAGAUAUGCAAUCAUCGAAUCACCAGCUUACUUCUUGCUAGCUUUGCUAACGUUGAGUUAGCCGGCCAAACUUGGAAUACUGCCCCCUGCUCACUUUAUGUGGGUUUCGCUUUGAGGCCUUUAGGAAAUUAUCCCUGUUUUUUUUCACGGAAGAUACAGUUUUAACAGCCUUAAUGCUUCCCAGCCUCUGAAUGGGAUUUAUAUCUUCUGAAUGACUCUAGAUAUUUGUGAAGCUUGACGAGGUUGUGACAUACAGUUGGAGCACCUGGACUUUGUUGACAUUUACUUGACAUCAUAAAAUAACGUGGAUUUCAAAGACAUUUGGAAUAGCGGUAUUCAUCAAAGAUGAUGUGCGAGGUGAUGCCCACCAUCAGCGAGGCCGAAGGGCCCGGCGGGGGAGGCGGCGGUGGUCGGCGCGGCUCUGGCUCCCCCCUGCAGUCGGACUCGGAGGGUCACUUUGAGUCGCUGAUGGUGUCCAUGCUGGAGGAGAGGGACCGUCUUCUGGAGACUCUGAGAGAGACUCAGGAGAAUCUGGGCUUGACUCAGAGCAAACUGCACGAAGUGAGCCACGAAAGGGACUCACUGCAGAGACAACUAAACACUGCCCUGCCACAGGAAUUCGCUGCACUAACAAAGGAGGUGAACGUGUGCCGGGAGCAGCUUCUGGAGAAGGAGGAGGAGAUCGCAGAGCUGAAGGCUGAGAGAAACAACACACGGCUCCUGUUGGAGCACUUGGAGUGCUUAGUGUCUCGCCACGAGCGCAGCCUGAGGAUGACGGUGGUGAAGAGGCAGGCUCAGUCUCCAGCAGGCGUCUCAAGUGAAGUGGAGGUCCUCAAAGCCCUAAAGUCACUUUUCGAACACCACAAAGCCCUCGACGAGAAGGUGAGAGAAAGACUACGUGUUGCCUUGGAAAGAUGCAGCGCGUUGGAGGAGCAGCUCACCAUCUCGCACAAAGAAUUGGCAUACCUCAGGGAGCAGAGCAGCCUGAAGAGAGGGCUGGCAGAUGGAACCAGCGAAGUCAACCACAACUCUGAAAACACACCGAGCACUAAUGGCAAGCGCUCCUCGGACGGUUCACUGAGUCAGGAGGAGGAGUCGGGACCUGGGUUCGGGAAGGUCGGCGAGCUCCAGGAAGUGGUGGACCGUCAGAUGGCCGAUCUGGGCCAGAUGAAGGAGCGCAUGGCCGCCAUGGCGUCACGCAUCAAUGAGCUGGAGGAGGACCUCGACACGGCCAGAAAGGACCUCAUCAAGUCUGAAGACAUGAACACGCGGCUACAGAGAGACCUGAGAGAGUCGGUGGCUCAGAAGGAAGAUAUGGAGGAGAGGAUCACCACCCUGGAAAAGCGCUACCUGGCAGCUCAGCGGGAGGCCACCUCCGUCCAUGACCUUAACGACAAGCUGGAGAACGAAGUGGCCAACAAGGACUCCCUCUUCAGACAAACCGAGGACAGAAACCGGCAGCUCCAGGAGAAGCUGGAGCUGGCUGAGCAGAAGCUGCAGCAGACCAUCCGCAAGGCAGAGACUCUGCCUGAGGUGGAGGCUGAGCUAGCUCAGAGGGUGGCUGCCCUCACCAAGGCAGAGGAGCGUCACGGUAAUGUGGAGGAGAGGCUGAGGCAGCUGGAGACUCAGCUGGAGGAGAAGAACCAGGAACUGCUCAGGGCACGACAGCGGGAGAAGAUGAACGAGGAGCACAACAAGCGUCUGUCUGAGACGGUGGACAAGCUCCUGUCAGAGUCCAACGAGAGACUCCAGCUCCACCUCAAAGAGAGGAUGUCUGCGCUGGAGGACAAGAACGCCCUGAUUAGAGAACUGGACCACACCAAGAAGCUGAUCGAGGAGUCUCACCAUGAGAAGGAGCAGCUUCUGAUCCAGAUUGAGACCAUGAGGGCGGAGAAUGAGCAGGGUCGGAGCAGGAGCAACUCUUUACUACAUGGACGGUCUCAGCUGGGCAGCACUCCAGAUUUCAGGUAUCCAGUGUCGGCCUCCUCAAUGAUGGACAGUAACUCAGACCAUUACGGCAGCGCUCUGGUGCUGAGGAGACCUCAAAAGGGACGAGUGGCCGCGCUCCGGGACGAGCCAUCCAAGGUGCAGACUCUUAAUGAGCAGGAGUGGGAGCGCAUGCAGCAGGCCAAUGUGCUGGCGAACGUGGCCCAGGCCUUUGAGAGCGACAUGGACGCCUCGGACCUCGAGGAGGACCGAGAGACGAUCUUCAGCUCGGUGGACCUGCUGUCCCCGGGUGGCCAGGCAGACGCACAGACCCUCGCCUUAAUGCUACAGGAGCAGCUGGACGCUAUCAACAAUGAAAUCAGGAUGAUCCAGGAGGAGAAGGAGAGCACGGCGAUCCGGGCAGAGGAGAUUGAGUGCAGGGUGGGCAGCGGCGACAGCCUGGGAGGACGUUUCCGCUCCAUGAGCUCCAUCCCUCCGUCACUGUGUGCGGGCUCCUCGUUGGGCGGCUCCCCCCCAGGCUCUGGUCACUCCACCCCCAGACGCAUCCCCCGCAGCCCCAACAGAGAACUGGACCGCAUGGGUGUCAUGACCUUGCCUAGUGACCUGCGCAAGCACCGCAGGAAGUCUGCUCAGGAUGACAAGGCCACCAUCCGAUGUGAGACGUCACCCCCCACCACUCCACGCUCCAUGCGUCUGAACAGAGACGCAGGACACGCCGCCAGCCACGAGGACAUCAGAGACAUUCGAGGUCUGGUCGGCCUGCAGGACGGCCAGGGUAGUAACCCCAGCAGCAGUAACAGCAGCCAGGACUCGCUCAACAAAGCUGCCAAGAAGAAGAGUAUCAAGUCUUCCAUUGGACGCCUCUUUGGAAAGAAGGAGAAGGGCCGACCCAGCAUUCCCGGCAAGGACUCCCCCAGCCAAGCUGGAACUCCUGAGGCAGAGAGCUCUCCUAAGGAAGGCUUAGGAAUGGGCACCCUGGGGGGCCCCGCAGAGAAGAGCCGGAAGCUGCAGAAGAAGCAUGAAUUACUGGAGGAGGCUCGGCGGCAGGGCCUGCCGUUCGCCCAGUGGGACGGACCGACUGUUGUGGUUUGGUUGGAGCUGUGGGUGGGGAUGCCAGCCUGGUACGUGGCGGCGUGCCGUGCCAACGUGAAGAGCGGAGCCAUCAUGUCGGCGCUGUCGGACACGGAGAUCCAACGGGAGAUCGGAAUCAGUAACCCGUUACACCGUUUGAAGCUCCGCCUGGCCAUCCAGGAAAUCAUGUCUCUGACCAGCCCCUCUGCCCCGCCCACCUCAAGAACGACCACAGGAAAUGUUUGGGUCACUCACGAAGAAAUGGAAAGUUUGGCAGCCACGCCUCCCACGGAGGAUGACGAGGGCAGCUGGGCCCAGACGUUGGCAUACGGAGACAUGAACCACGAGUGGAUCGGUAACGAGUGGCUGCCGAGUCUGGGUCUGCCUCAGUACCGCUCCUACUUCAUGGAGUCCCUGGUGGACGCCCGCAUGCUGGACCACCUCACCAAGAAGGACCUCAGGGGACAGCUGAAGAUGGUGGACAGCUUCCACAGGAACAGUUUUCAGUGCGGAGUGAUGUGUCUGAGGAGACUCAACUACGACAGGAAGGAGCUGGAGAGGAAAAGAGAGGAGUGUCAGCUGGAGCUGAAAGACGUCCUGGUGUGGAGCAACGAGCGCGUGAUCAGCUGGGUUCAGGCCAUCGGACUGAAGGAGUACAGUGGAAACCUUUAUGAGAGCGGCGUCCACGGGGCGCUGCUCGCCCUGGACGAAACCUUCGAUCACAACACCCUGGCUCUGCUGCUGCAGAUCCCCACACAGAACACACAGGCGAGAGCGACUCUAGAGCGUGAAUACAACAGUCUGCUGGCCAUGGGCACAGACAGGAGAAUGGAAGAGGACGACGAUAAGAACUUCCGCCGAGCUCCGUCAUGGAGGAAGAAGUUCAGGCCCAAAGACAUGAGGGGGGGGUCGCUGGGCGCCUCGGACACGCUCCCCGCCAACUUCAGAGUGACCAGCAGCAGCGCCGCGUCUCCCUCCACACAGCCAAAGAGGAGCCCGAUGGACGGAAGUCAGUCUAUACAGAGGCUGGACACGGCCACAGUCAGGACCUACUCUUGUUAACACACAACGUUUAUCCUCAUUAUUUCUAUAGGUAACCGCUGGUCAGAGGAUGAAGGGGAAUUUCCCGCAUUCAAGACCCGGAUGAUGAACUGAAAUCACUUUCAAGGACACUAAAAAGAUGUUUGUUAUUUUGUUUUGUUGUCGUCACAGAGACAGACCUUACUCACCGAUCUCAGUGUCCCUCGAGGAAACGUUCUAGAUUUAUUAUUUGUCAUAUUUAUGUAAACCAAUGGGACAUUUAAUUGAUUUUAGAAUUACUAUGUAAUCCCUUUCUUUUGCCUCUAUCCCCUUAAUCCUCCCACUUUUUAAAAGAGUAAACAUUUCUCCACUGUGCCCAUAUUAAGCUCAGCUCUCAGAUGUAUGUAACUGAAUGUUUCCAUUAUCUGGAGUUUGUAUAUUUCUACCAACAGACAUUUUAUCUAAUCUUUUUUUUAUAAUCCUGAUUCUAUUGACCAGAUGUAUGUUUUUUUUUUUUUCCUCUUUGAUUUGAAUUCUAAUCAUUGAAUUUAUGCUUAAGUGACUUUAAUAUGUGAUAUAACUUAAUUCAUAUCCUCUGCCCUUUUUAACUGUUGUAAGUUUUUGUAGCUUCUUACCUGUGAUUGUGUGUAAAUGCAGCUCUUAGGUCAGUGGAUGUGUGAAUAUCAGACAAAUUGCUGGAGUUGUCGGACUGUUUCACAGACUGCUCGACACUGUGAGUCCUCCGUCACCUGUAAGAUAACUGCUGGCAACCCAGGUGAUGGUGACGACAGAUAUCAUGUGAAACACACACUAGAUUUUCCUUUUCUUUUCUUUUAUUUUCCAUAUCUGCGAAACCAAAAUGAAACUCUUGAAUUUAAGAAUUAAAGCCAUAUCACAGUAGCGUUAAAAAAUAAAAUAAAAAGAAUAAAAAAACAGGGCUACGUUCGGAUGCAAGUGAAAACAGAAUUCCAGGUUCUCUCUAGUUGACCUUGCAUGCGGAAGCUUACUCCACUUUAUCCCCACCCAAACCCCCCCCCCCCCACACACACACACACACACACACCCCUGUUUAUCCCUUUAACAAAAACAAACCCUCCUCACCUCUGGAGAAACACAGACGGACUCACUCGUUCAGGACGAUGAGUCCAGAGUGUGGAAACUCCUGCGAUGGACCAACUUCACCGAGGCCUCAGUCGAUCCCCGCUGUGACGCGAUGACCCUGAAGGCGGCGCGAUCCACCGAUCCAACCUUUUUUAAAAACAAACACUUUGUACGAAGAUUUCAUAUCAAGCCUUAUUGUUUCUUAACUCCUGUCAUCUGUUCCUAUUUAUUACUCCUCCAUGUUGUUUCGUCAGUUUCUCCUCUGGGGGCUGAAGUCUGUUCCUCUGAACGUGGCGACGCUCCUCGUGUCUAAGUUCGUCCCGUCUCCUUUCACAACACAGGUUCCUCCGUUUGUUUUCACAGCGAAUGAGAAGGAACCGAAGAGUUUUCUUUGUUUUUCCUCCACACUACAUUUAGUUAAAGCUUCAAGUAGAAAACGCUUUCUUUUCUGUUUGUGAUGUAGUCAUGUAGGCACAAUGCAAAUCAUGUUGCUGUUGUUUUAUUCCUGCUCUUCCCAUUGAAUUUUCUGAUCUUGUAACAAUGAUGUACAGUCUGAGUACUUAUAAACUAUUUUUAUCACAGUAUUAUUUAUUGCUUACUUUCAAUAAAAUACUGAAACUUAU